AUUUGUCAGUGCUUCAGAGGGCUAUAAAAAGGAAACAUCAGUAACAACAGUAAGAUUCGCCCAUCUUUAACGAAAGGCUACUUCCAGUCCCUUCCAGGGCCAAAGAGAGAGAGAGAAAGACUGAGUAUAUUUUAUAAUUGAUAACAGAUCUGGAAAGCAUGGGUGAAAUUUCCAAGGAAUCUUUAAAACGGAUCCUCUUGGAACUUGAAUGCCAUUUUACUUGGAGGUUGCUGAAAGAAGACAUUGAUCUUGACGAAUUAGAGGAAAGAAUAAUUGAACAGAUCAAGUUUUUACUGUCCAAAGUCAGAAAUUAUAACCUACUGGCCUAUGUGAAGUACUUGAAUGGCAAGAAGGAAGAGGCUCUGGAAAAUCUGCAGAAGGCUGAAGAGAGUAUAAAAACAGAGUACCCAGAAGAAGUCGAAAAGGCAAGCCUUAUUACAUGGGGCAACUUUGCCUGGGUGUAUUACCGCAUGGACAAACUUGCAGAAGUACAAAGCUACAUAAAGAAGGUGGAAACAACCUGCAAGGAACAUGGAAGUGCCUCUCCCUAUAGAAUGAAAAUCCCACAUAUUGAUGGUGAAAAGGGAUGGGCACUCCUAAAAUUUGGGGGAAAGUAUCAUGAAAAAGCCAAGGAGAGCUUUUUAAAGGCACUAGGAAAAGAACCUGAAAACCCAGAAUAUAAUGCUGGCUAUGCAAUCACAGUAUAUCGCCUGGAAGAUUAUUAUGGGAAAAAAUCUGCAGCAGAAGGGUCAUCUCUGGAACCCUUGAAGAAGGCAGCAAAACUGAAUCCCGAUAAUGCCUUUCUCCUGCCUAUCCUUGCAUUGAAGCUGCAGGAAACUAAUAAAGUGGAAGAAGGGAAAGAGCUCAUUGAAGAAGCGCUAGGCAAAUUCCCUGGCAUCCCUUAUGUGCUGAGGUACGCUGCCAUAUUUUACAGGAAAAAAGGUGAUGUGGAAAGAUCCCUGGAGCUUUUGAAGGAGGCGUUGAGCUUGACACCAAACUCAGGGUUCCUACAUCACCAGAUGGGGCUUUGCUACAGAGCGCAGUAUUUUAAAAUCAAAUUAUCAAAAGACCCAUAUAAAGACAGAAGAAAGAUGGCAGAACUGAUCAGACUGUGCAUUUUUCAUUUCAAAGAAGUGGUGGAGCACAAAACCAAAUUCGUCUAUGCUCACUUGGAUCUUGCAAACAUGUAUGCAGAAGGGAAAGAGCUCCAGAAAGCGGAAGAGACGUUUCAGGAAGUGUUUGCAAUGAGGAAACUUACUUGUGAAGAGAAACAGCAGCUCCACUUCAAUUAUGGGCGCUUUCUGGAAUACCAUAAGAAAUCAGAAUUGGAGGCUGUUGAACAUUAUCUGGCCGUGCUGAAGAUUGAAAAUGAAUCAUUUGAGAGAAAUAAAUGCAAAUAUAACCUGAAGAAAUUAAUAGAAAGAAGAACCAAGAUAGAUCCGGCAGAUGCUAAGAGUUUUGGCAUCCGUGGAUUCAUUCACCAGCUUGAUGGAGAAAAGCAACAAGCAAUUGAGUGCUAUGAACGAGCCUUGAAAUUGGAUCCUGAUAAUGAAGAAUAUUUCAGUGCUCUUUUGGACUUAAGACUUUCCUUACAAAACUAACAUGCAUGCAAUUGUAUGUUCUUCACUUUUCCCUAUCAGUUAAUGUAAGGUAAUGUAAAAAACAACACUAGUCACAAACUUCUUGUUUGGCAGUAGCUCCUUUUGAGUUUUCUUUUAAGGAAUUCAGCUGAGGAAGAUAGCUUUCUAAUAGGCAUUUUGCAAGUUUUCAUGUUAUUGCUGUGGUUACCAUACAUUGUCACACACAUAUAUGCCUUAAGAGAUCGCUGCAUCAGAUUUUUUUAUUUGGAAAUGUACAGGCCUGUUUAGAAAUGGGAUAUGUGGAAAUUAGUAUCCAGGGAUCAAUGAUUGUAUUUUAACUGUACCAGUUUAAGUGCAUUGACUUUGCUUCAAACAGAUUUGUAUAGCUGAAAUUAAUUCAAAGAAAGUGACUGGAUUAUAUUUGGCAGCAGCAUGCAGUAAUAACCAUUUGUCAUUCUAAUCUGUGGAUCUUAGAAUCAUAUAAUUCUAGAGUUGGAAGGGACCCCAAGGGUCAUCUAGUCCAGCCCCCUGCAAUGCUGGAAUGUCAAUUAAAGCAUCCAUGGCAGAUGGCCAUCCAGCCUCUGCACAAAAACCUCAAAUGAAGGAGAGUCCACUCAUUUUUAAAUAAGUGCUUAAUUAUCAGGAAUUCAGUGUUGCCUAUAUUUAAUAGCAUAUUUGAAUUGCUGUUGUGAACUGCAACAAUUAAAGGUAUUAAACUA